AUGUCAACAAGGCCAUCAAAUUUUUAUUACCCAAUAUCUGGAGUAGAUGCUGAAAGGCUGCUAAAUACAUAUGGAACAGAAGGGUCAUUUCUAGCUCGUCCAAGUGGUUCCAGUCCGUCUGAUUACACUCUUUCUGUUCACAAAGGAGAUCGAAUCAAGCAUGUCAAAAUACAAAAUAACGGAGAUUGCUUGGAUUUGUAUGGUGGUGAAACGUUUGCAUCUCUUUCGGAGCUUGUUCAAUUUUAUAUCGAGAAUCCUGGUCAGCUGAAGGAAAAAGAUGGUGAAAUCAUUGUUUUGAAGUGUUCCUUAAUAAUACCACCAACGGAAGCCAUUGGAUGGACUUUUUCUCGCCCAACUACGGAAAGGUGGUUCCAUGCAGGUUUGUCAGGGCCUGAAGCAGAACGGCUGCUUCUUUCGGAAGGAAAACAUGGGACUUACUUGGUUCGAGAAAGUCAGAGCUCCCCAGGGCAAUUUGCGAUUUCUGUGAAGGCUGCAGACGACAAAGUGAUACACGUGAUGAUAUAUAAUAAAAAUGACAGGUUUGAUAUCGGUGGCGGAGCUACUUUUUCAACAGUCAGUGAACUCUUAGAGCAUUAUACACGAAACCCAAUGGUAGAUCAAGCUGGUACUGUUGUUAAUCUUAAACAGCCUCUUCCUUCAACCCGUGUCCUUGCAACUGGUAUAGAUCUCCGUUAUCAUCGAUUAGAACAGGUCAAUCGAUCUACAGGAAAGGAUGGUUUUGCAGAUGAGUUCGAGAAAUUACAACAUCAGGAACCCACGCAAUUUGUUAGUCGACGUGAAGGAAAAAAAAUUAGCAACGUAUGUAAAAAUCGUUACAAAAAUAUUAUACCAUACGAUCAUACUCGAAUUGUCUUGCACAGCACUGAUGCGGAUUCCGGUGAUUAUAUAAAUGCUAAUCACAUUGAGGUACUUGGUGAUGAAUAUCAGGAUUUUGCUGGGUUACGUCGACGAUAUAUAUCAACACAGGGUUGUUUACCAAACACAGUUGAUGACUUCUGGAAUAUGGUUUGGCAGCAGAACUCACGAAUUAUCGUUAUGACAACAAAAGAAGUAGAAAGAGGGAGAAUUAAAUGUUGCCGUUAUUGGCCUCUCAGAAACGAAAUAGAAAGGUUUGGAAAGAAUGGAGAAUUAAUCGUUCAGUUGGUGCAAGAAAUUGAAAAUGCAGACUAUACAGUGCGUGUGAUCCAGUUCGUGAAUGCAGAUCAAAAUAAUGAAACUCGAAUGAUUUGGCAUUUCCAGUUCCUUGCUUGGCCGGAUCAUGGCUGUCCAACAGACCCGCGAAUCGUUUUACAUUUCCUUGAAAAAGUGAACGAGUGUGAAGAAGAACACUGUGAUGAAAACACCGGUCCGAUUAUCGUACAUUGUAGCGCUGGCAUUGGGCGUACGGGAACGUUUAUUGUUAUUGAUAUUCUCCUCAACCAAAUUAAACGUCUCGGAACACACUGCCAAAUUGACAUACCACGUACUGUGCAAAUGGUUCGUGAGCAACGUUCGGGUAUGGUACAAACUGAACAGCAGUAUCGUUUUGUUUAUCAAGCUGUGUCGUAUUACAUGGCUGUGGUUAAUCGGCGACUUGAUUCUGAAAGAAAACGAUGUAGUUCACGUUUUUCGACCGGUUCGAAUCCUGAAACACCACUUUCUGUCCAUAGUCCAUUAACUUUCAUAGCGCAGACUAGUCCUCAUUCUAGGAACUCUAGUGUAUUAAGCACACCAACAUCUGUUAGUGAUUCUGAACGAUACUAUUCAAAUACAGAGUUUGGAUCUGUGCCAGUAGCACCUUUAAAAUUGGCACCGCCGCCUUUACCCAAAAAACAUGCCAAUAUUUCUUCAAACAUAAGGAAUGCUGUUUCUGCCAUCACUACUGUUGUCGCCGAUCAAAAUAUAUCCUGA